CCCACAGCCAUCAAGAUCAUCUCCACUGACAAAUGUGACCUAUACUUCCUCGUAUUCAAGGACAUUUGGCAUGGAAGUCACCCCACAACCAUCGGGAUCAUCUCCACUGACAAAUGUGACCUACACUUCCUGGCAUCCAAGCACAAUUAGCAUGGAAGGGAAUCACACCAAUUCUUCUGCCGCAACCCAAGCUGUAAAAGAAGGAGUGCAGGAACUAAUGUUAGUGCUGAAUUCAAGCAAUGUCACUGAUGCAAGACUUGCUGCAGUUUUCUCAAGGAUAAGCGAUUCUUUGCCAUUGGCUGAUGUGGACCUAGAUCUUGCAAGUCAGCUGAUAAAUGCUAUUAGCCAACUGCUGAAUUCUUCACACAAUUUGAGCUCUCAUACAAAAAGGAUGAUAAUACAUCUCGUGGAUACACUUGGAUUAAGACUGACCUUCAAAGAAGAGUCUGCAAAUGUCACCAGUCCUUUGUUGGCUCUUGCAGUAGUCAAAGUUAAUACCAGCAAUUUCAAAGAAACCUCUUUUGGUAUCGGAACUGGAUCAAAUCUUCAGGUAUCCCUAGGGAAUGAAACUUCCCAAAGUAAUCUUGGAGUUGUCCACCUUCCUUCCUCAUUACUUUCUACCUUGUCAGCUGAAAACCAAGCUCAAGCUUCCAGAAUUCAGUUCAACUUUUAUAGCAACACACUGCUGUUUCAGGAUGGACAAAAUGGAAGAAAGCUUAACAGCCAUGUGAUUUCAGCAAGUGUUGCCAAUCUCAGUAUUAGCAACCUGAAAGAUAAAAUUAAUAUUACUUUACCAAAUCUAAAGCAGAGCACGGUUAAUGAAAGAGUUCACUGUGCAUUCUGGAACUUCAGCAAACAUGGUGGAAAUGGUAGUUGGGAUACAGGAGGCUGCAUAGCUAUACAGGAACAAGACAACAAAACGGUUUGCUCAUGUGACCAUUUAACAAGCUUUGGAGUCUUGGUAAUAAUUUCUCAGCCUGAACACUCUCCUGUUCAUCUGUUAAUACUGACGUAUAUCACAUACGUUGGGUGUGGCUUAUCUUCCAUAUUCCUGGCUGUGACUCUUGUGACAUACAUUGCAUUUGAGAAAAUCAGAAAAGAUUACCCUUCCAAAAUUCUAAUCCAUCUGUGUACUGCCCUUCUUCUGCUGAACCUAUUCUUCCUCAUAGAUGGCUGGAUAUAUUAUUUUGGUCCAAAUGCGUGCAUUGCAAUUGCUGUGCUACUCCACUAUUUUUUGUUGGUAUCUUUCACGUGGAUGGGACUUGAAGCUUUUCACAUGUACCUGGCUCUUGUCAAAGUUUUUAACACCUACAUGCGGAAGUAUAUUCUUAAAUUCAGCCUUAUUGGUUGGGGUGUACCAGCUGUUGUAGUAGCAAUUGUAGUGGGCAUAAAUGGAGGUGGCAACUAUGGCAUUGUGUCAUAUGGACGAUUUCCUGAUAAUGCAACUGACAAUUUCUGCUGGUUAAAAAAUGAUAUUGCUUUCUACAUUUCUGUUGUGGGAUAUUUUAGCCUGAUGGCUCUGUUGAACACCAGCAUGUUCAUUGUAGUGUUGAUCCAACUGUGCCGCAUUAAAAAGAGGAAUCCCAGUGGUGAAAAUCAGAGGAGCUUAAUCCAAGAGAUCAGAAGUGUUUCAGGCCUCACAGUUUUACUCGGAAUUACUUGGGGAUUUGCUUUUUUCGCAUGGGGACCAGUGAAUUUGGCCUUUAUGUACUUGUUUGCCAUUUUCAACACCUUGCAAGGUUUAUUCAUUUUCAUCUUUCACUGUGCAGCAAAGGAUACAGUCCGGAAACAAUGGAGACGAUAUUUAUGCUGUGGAAAAUUAAGACUGGCGGAAAAUUCUGACUGGAGCAAGACGGCCACUUCAAAGAAGGUCCCACCGGUCGCAGCAGGUGGAGCAGACACCGGUUCUACUAAUUCAUUGCAGUCUAACAGCCUGUCCAACUGUUCCUCCACCCUCCUGAUGAACAAAAGCUACUCAGACCAUUCUAAUGGUAUUGUCAAUUUUAAACGAAAUAAAGGAUCUUAUGACAUUGAGAAUGGGGGAGUUUAUCUUGACGAUAUUAUUGUGAACAAAUUUGCGCAGGAUGCAGAGAAAGAUGCUGACUAUAAAAAAACAAGCAUUGCACAAAGACGGACUUCACAAAAACGGGGAUCACUUCCCUUUUAAUGGCAUUUGAGAACAAUUUUACUGGGGUACAGCACAGAUCUAAAAUAAAGAAAACACUGAAUAAUCAUAUGUCUUUGUUACCACAGAGAAUACAAUGCAUAACAUGUGACCUUGCAGCUUUAUUUGUUAUCCAUCUGUGAAAAGCUACAACACUCAAACCAGUAUGCUCAUGCUCAGUAUGUCAGCCUAAUGACUGAGUAAUCUGCAUGAAUAAUGUGUUCUUUAUAUGUGAGCGGCACAUAAAUGAAAAUGUGCCUCCCACCCUUUUGUUUUACAUGUACAGUAAUACAUAAAAGCACUGCCCAUUUUGAAUGAGUGUACCAUGCGUCUACAUGUUUUUACUUUGUGUACAGUACUGUCUUAGUAAUUAAGAAAUAUUCAGCUUGAAAAGAUUUUAUCUAAUUAUUUUAAUUAAAUUACUGAAAAUUAAAAAAAAUUGGAUUUUAUUCAGAAUUCAGAUUUUGCAACUUUGAAUCCCAACUGUGAAAGCAAAAAUGAGUGUAUAAUAACAUUUUAAUAACAGUACUAUUUAAGAUUCCCAACUGAUUGUAUAUUAACUCUGUUGCCUAGUACACAGAAUAAACAAUCCUCUCAACUUAGUAAAAAAUGCUUUUUUCAUUCAUCGACAUUUAUAUCUCAGUUUUUUCUAUUGAUGUUGUUGUUGUAUCCAAUUUAGACUUAAGGGUUAUGCUUAUAACAUUUCCAAGUCGAAAAAACAUAAACGGAAGAUCUAGCCACAAAUAUAAUCCAAAAAGGACUCUUGAACUCCGAGUUGAAUCCAAAAAAAUAUAAAAUAUUUAAUAUUUCAACAACAUACAAGAAUAGAUGAGCGCUUUCGCGUAGUGUAGCCUACGCUUCAUCAGAUGACAAUAUACAAAAUAUAAAGCUCUUAAAUAUAACAAUGCACGGGAAAAAACAAACAUUUUAACAAGCAAUUAGUGCUCGUAAUAUAGACAGCUGAAAUUCAUUGCAAAAUACAUAACACUCACUGCCACCUUAAUAGCAUCAUCAAUUGGUAAAUAAAUGAAUAGUAAUACUAAGAACAAGUUGACAAAAACAGAACGCUAAACAAGUGGUGUAAAACUGUUGUUUUCAAAACCAAAUAAACUGGAUACGUACAUGCUAAAAUUAGUCAUAUAGUGUAAACUUCAUGCAAAUUAUUUGAAACUGCGUGUAACAACAACAAAACUUGCUUCUGUUAUAUUAAUAUAUCAAAACAUUAUGGAAAAGUUUGAAUACAUAUUAUCAGUACUAUAAUGUGUCACUGAUGUUCUCAACAAUCAAGUUUCAACAUAAUAAACACCAAUGAAUGAAUUCAUAUAUAAAUAUAUAUGUAAAAUAUGAAGCCUAAACUAAAAAACUGAAAAAUUUAAAAAAUUUUUAAAAAUUUUGAAAAAUUUUUUACAUCCUAAAAUGAAUCAUUUAACUAAUAAAUAUUUAGACCAUGUUAAAAACCUGUACGUUCAAGAACCGGUUUGAUAGAUACAUAAUUAUUCAAACCUGGGGGUAAGUGUGCACUAAGUUUCAAAAUCCAUUUCAGCUCCACAGAAGCCAACUCAUUGUCACAAUCCCCACCCCUUGGGCUUUGUCCUACCACUUGUAGAGCCCUAAAGCAGAAAGUAUGUGAGGGAUGUUCUAGUACAUAUAUCAUAUAGGUGAUUGUAGAUUCUAUCCUGUAAUCUCCUUUUAGUCAAGCCCACGUAAAAGGCUUGACAUGCCACGCAAUUGGCAAGAUAAAUAAGAUUUCUCGUAUUGCAAGUUGCAUAAAACUUGGGAAUAAACUUGAAAUUAAUAGAAGGAUGCUUGUAAACUUGAAUACUAGUGAUGUAACUACAUCUGUUGCACUGAUUACAGGCAAAGGUACCUAGAGUCAAAGACGUGGAAAUGACAGGAGAAGUCAAAUUGACACGAUCGUUGCAUAAAAUUUGUUUAAGAUUUUCACAGUUCUUAUAUAGAAACCUAGGUUUACUACCUACUAAUUGUCUAGUAUGAGGAUCCAUAAUAAGGACAUUACAAUUUCUGGAGAUCACUUCUUGUAUGCUCUUGAUGUCACUGGUGUAUUUAGUGAUAUAUUUAACUAUAUUAUCGAUAUUAAUAUUAUAUGGACUAUACAUACCUUUAUAAUUAAUAUAUCUCUUAGGUUUACUGACUACUGUGUCACUCUCAAUAUUAGGAGAAUCUAAAUGACCCGGAACACUGUGCCUAAUGUCUCUCACCAUAUUGGGUUGAUAACCCCUAUCUAUGAAGAGGGAUUCCAUAAAAUCAGCCUCUAUUGAUAAGGAUUGUCGCUCUUUACAUAGUCUCAGAAUUCUCACAAAUUGGCUUUUAACAAUGCCAUAAAAUGUGUAUCUAGGAUGCAUACUGUCAAAAGUAAGGAUCGUAUUUUUCCAUACCGGUUUCCUAUACAAAGAGGAAACAAUAGAUCCACAUUCUGUUAUCCUCAGAGACACAUCUAAAAAAUGUAUCUCCGUUGGCGAAACAUCUUUCGUGAAUCUAAGAAAGGAAGUGGUCGUUUCUAAAUAAAGCAGAAACUGAUCAAAGGCCUGUUGGGAGCCUUCCCAAACAAUAAGAAUGUCGUCCACAAAAUGUUUGUAUAGUUUGACAAACCUAAACAUUUCAUGCUCAAACAAACAAGUUUUCUCCCAAUAAAAAAACACCAGAUUUGCGUAGGUAUUAGCGCAGGGGGUGCCCAUGGCAACCCCCCACUGUUGUAAAUAACGUUUAUCUCCAAACAGGAAAGCAUUAUUAUAUAAUACAAGUUCAAGUAAUUGACAUAUCAAAAUUUCCAAGUCCAAAGAAGUCAGAACAGAUGAGUAAAAUGCUAAUGUUGCAAUGCAUUGGUAUUGGAGGACAUGACUUCAAGAGGUAGGUUUGGCCUGGUCUGUGUAAAACAACCACAAAAAUAGCACCUUUCUAGCAAAUUAUCCUAGUGCUACUUCUAAAUACAACCUGAGCUGCCACUGUUCCACUUAGCAGAAUAACAGAAGCAUAGAUGAGAUCAAUAACUACUGAUUAGUAUGCAUCAUAGCAGUACAGAGAAAACAAGUAAUCUUGAAAAACAAAACUGAAAAAAGAAUAUGUUUAAUCCAGUCUAUGAUACAAGGUUCCAUGGGUUUAUAGAAAAGAGGCUAUAUCAGAUAAUGGUUCCACUUUUUUUUUAUUUUUUGUGUCUGCUUUUAUCCUUUGUGUCUGCUGACUAUUAAGCCACUGUCCUAUUGAAGCAGUAACUCUAGUGCCCAUUCAUUAAUUCUGGAGCAAGAGGGACAGAAGCCUCUUAUUUCCCUAUUUAGACAAGAGCUACCCAGACAAUUGCCAUCAUGCAAGCAGCCAUAAUAGGAGAUUACUUUGCAUGAGUCUAACCCUCCGCUGAUGAUAAUGUGAAUGCCUGCAGCACCCCAAGGACCACUUAUGCUACAGGGAUGGGUGGCCAUGUUUGUGCCUGUCCAUUCCAUGGGUUAUUUUGGGCAUAGUGUGUUCCCAGCUUAGCUGUGCAGCAACAACUCUCGUCAUGAGCCAUCAAAGCCAUCCCUUGGGUGGGCAUGUCACCAGCAGCCACAUCUAUCCUAUCGCUCUUCCCCUGGUCUUCCAAGAGCUGAGAGACUUAACUGAACCGUGAUUGGCUGGAUUGCAGUCAGAUUUUUAUCUUCCCUGUACCAUAUAGACAGUCUCUAACUUAAAUCCAAGCUUGGAGAGAGUGAGUGACCACAGCAGUGAAGAAGGGCUGUCUAGUUUAUAUUUCUUGCUCAAACUCAAGUAUGGGUUUGACCAAGCAGGCUGAGCUGCCUUCUGAAAAAAAAAAAAAAAGAAUUGGGCACCUAUGUGGCAUUUUUAGAGAGAGUAAGACAUUUUACAAAAAAACAAAAAAAAAUUGGAGACUGUUUAUAAACAAGCUGUUGCCAUACACCAAGAAUUGUUGUUCUCAUCAGAAAGUACUGCAGCAAUUAGUAUUAGCAGGAAAUCCCUUAUUGCAAAUAGUACAGAGAUAUGUAGAUCAUUAAGCAACAAGGAACACAUACAGUUUGAAAUCCUGGAGUAGAUGUCUUUUAUAUUAUUGUUAUUAUUAUUCCAGGAUUUUGUUCAGUCAAAUGCUGGUGACAUGAUUUCUUUUUGUGGGGGAGUAGCAGCAAAAUAAAGAAUGUCCACAUGUCUUUUUAGACUACAACUAAAAAACUGAUAAUAGCUUGGGUAUUAGAAUUCUGAAAGAAGACAGUCUAAUUUGAAAAUGGACUAUUUUCUAAUGUUAGGUUCCAUUGCUUUGCAGGCAUUUGUGUUUGUGACCAUAACUCUAGUUCUGUUCCUUUGAUACAUGGGUAGCCUUCCUUUUAUACGCAGUUGUCAGGCAUUUGACAUUUGUGGUUUGGGGCUGUCACUCUUCUCCAUCAUGAUUCACUCUAGGGUCACCCAUAAUCUUCCCCACUAUGGCCUGCCAUUCUUUUAGCUUUCGUCAGUGGAUCUCAGCUUCAGUUGAUAUUUAUUUUGCUUGGUCCAAAAGAAUUGAGCAUAGCUCCUUUCUCACAAAGACUGCAAGUGAGAGUACACAGUAACAUCUCUUACAGUGUGAAAAUGGCAAAUGAAGGAAGAAAUAAACAUUUUAAUCACUGCCUGCUAUAUCCAGAAAAAGAAGCAGUCAUUCAAACUGUUAUUAACGUAGUGAUUAUGCACUCAUUUGCUAUUUGUGUGUGUGAAAGUGUCAAACUUUUAAUUCCUGAUUUAAAUGUUUAGCCUUGGUAUGAUGUCUGGAGAUUUGAAAAACCUCAGUGAAGAACAUUGAUAUUUAAUUUGAAAUCUGAAGUAUAUUUAAACCCAAAUGCUGAUCCAACUUAAUUCUUCCAAAUAACUUCAGCACUGAAUAUAUUAAUGCAUAUUUUGAUGUGCAUACUUGUGAUUUGUCCAUAUUGUUUACAAUACUGAAAGGUAUGCAUAAUUCAAGUAUUUCAUACAAGACCUAGUCUGUCAUGUUCUAGCUUACUUGUAGUAUUUAGAUUGUAUAAACAUGUUUCAGUGUUUGCUUUUGUUUUCUAGUAUUAUUGACUGUAGCUACUUCAUACUGGUCAUCACACUGAAAAAAAAAUAUCACAAUACGUGUAAAACAGAUUUCUGUUCUAAGCCUGUAUUAAUUCUAUAUGGAGUUUUCCCGCUUCCUACUAUUAAAAUAAAUGUGUAUUUUGCAGAUUA